AGGUCACUGGGAAGAAUCGGUAGCGGCCACUGUAGUGUAGGCAUGGCAGACUAUUCAACAGUGCCUCCACCCUCCUCUGGCUCAGCCGGUGGCGGAGGCGGCGGCGGUGGUGGUGGAGGAGUUAACGAUGCUUUCAAAGAUGCACUGCAGAGAGCCCGGCAGAUUGCAGCAAAAAUUGGAGGUGAUGCUGGUACGUCACUGAAUUCAAAUGACUAUGGUUAUGGGGGACAAAAAAGACCUUUGGAAGAUGGAGAUGGCUCUUGGACAAGUCCGAGCAGUACAACACACUGGGAGGGAAUGCCCUCUCCUUUUAAAGAUCAGCCAGAUGCUAAGAAAGUUGCUCCUCAAAAUGAUUCUUUUGGAACACAGUUACCACCAAUGCAUCAGCAGCAAAGCAGGUCUGUAAUGACUGAAGAAUACAAAGUUCCAGAUGGAAUGGUUGGAUUUAUAAUUGGCAGAGGAGGUGAACAGAUCUCACGCAUACAACAGGAAUCUGGAUGUAAAAUACAGAUAGCUCCUGACAGUGGUGGCCUUCCAGAAAGGUCUUGUAUGUUAACAGGAACACCCGAGUCUGUCCAAUCAGCAAAACGGUUACUGGACCAGAUUGUUGAAAAAGGAAGACCAGCCCCUGGCUUCCAUCAUGGUGAUGGACCAGGAAAUGCAGUUCAAGAAAUCAUGAUUCCAGCUAGCAAAGCAGGAUUAGUUAUUGGAAAAGGGGGAGAGACUAUUAAACAACUUCAGGAACGGGCUGGAGUUAAAAUGGUUAUGAUCCAAGAUGGACCUCAGAAUACUGGUGCUGACAAACCUCUUAGGAUUACAGGAGACCCGUACAAAGUUCAACAAGCCAAGGAGAUGGUGUUAGAGUUAAUUCGUGAUCAAGGUGGUUUCAGAGAAGUUCGAAAUGAGUAUGGGUCAAGAAUAGGAGGAAAUGAAGGAAUAGAUGUUCCCAUUCCAAGAUUUGCUGUUGGCAUUGUAAUAGGAAGAAAUGGAGAGAUGAUUAAAAAAAUACAAAAUGAUGCUGGUGUUCGAAUUCAGUUUAAGCCAGAUGAUGGAACAACACCUGAUAGAAUAGCACAAAUAACAGGACCUCCAGACAGAUGUCAGCAUGCUGCAGAAAUUAUUACAGACCUUCUUCGAAGUGUUCAGGCUGGUAAUCCUGGUGGACCUGGACCUGGUGGUCGAGGAAGAGGUAGAGGUCAAGGCAACUGGAACAUGGGACCACCUGGUGGACUACAGGAAUUUAAUUUCAUUGUCCCAACUGGGAAAACUGGAUUAAUAAUAGGAAAAGGGGGUGAAACCAUAAAAAGCAUAAGCCAACAGUCUGGUGCAAGAAUAGAACUUCAGAGAAAUCCUCCACCUAAUGCAGAUCCUAAUAUGAAGUUAUUUACAAUUCGUGGCACUCCACAGCAAAUAGACUAUGCUCGGCAACUCAUAGAAGAAAAGAUUGGUGGCCCAGUAAAUCCUUUAGGGCCACCUGUACCCCAUGGGCCCCAUGGUGUCCCUGGCCCCCAUGGGCCUCCUGGGCCUCCUGGACCAGGAACUCCAAUGGGACCAUAUAACCCUGCACCUUAUAAUCCAGGACCGCCUGGCCCUGCUCCUCAUGGCCCUCCAGCCCCUUAUGCUCCCCAAGGGUGGGGAAAUGCAUAUCCACAUUGGCAGCAACAAGCCCCUCCAGAUCCAGCUAAAACAGGAACAGAUCCAAAUUCAGCAGCUUGGGCUGCUUAUUAUGCUCACUAUUAUCAGCAACAAGCACAGCCACCACCUGCAGCUCCUGCUGGUGCACCAACUACAACCCAAACCAAUGGACAAGGUAACUAUGGAGAUCAGCAGAAUCCAGCUCCAGCUGGACAGGUUGAUUAUACCAAGGCUUGGGAAGAGUACUACAAGAAAAUGGGUCAACAAGGGCAGACACAAGAUUAUUCAAAGGCUUGGGAGGAAUAUUACAAGAAGCAAGGUCAAGCAGUUCCUGCUCCUACUGGUGCUCCACCAGGUGGUCAGCCAGAUUAUAGUGCAGCCUGGGCUGAGUACUAUAGACAACAAGCAGCCUACUAUGCCCAGACAAGUCCCCAGGGAAUGCCACAGCAUCCUCCAGCACCUCAGGGCCAAUAAUAAGAAGUGGACAAUACAGUAUUUGCUUCAUUGUGUGGGGGAAAAAAACCUUUGUUAAAUAUAUGGAUGCAGACGGCUUGAUGAAGAUCUUAAUUUUGUUUUUGGUUUAAAUAGUGUUUUUCCUUUCUUUCUUUCUUCCUUUCUUUUUUCUUUUUUUUUGAAAAUGUACAAAAUAUCUAUCACUACUGAUAGGAGGUUAAUAUUUCUGUGUAGAAAUGAAAAUUGGUUUGUUUUUAGUAUUUAGUGUAGAUGUACACAUUCCAGCAAAUGUAUUUGCAACUAUUAUGUGGUUAAUGCUUUGUGAUAUAAAUGUACUUUUUUCAAUGUAUACUUUCACUUUUAAAAUGCCUGUUUUGUGCUUUACAAUAAAUGAUAUGAAACCUCCUGUGUCGGUAAGUUGGA